UGGAGCAGGCAAAGCUGGCGGCAGAAAGUUUUCAGGGCCAGACUGUGGUCUCAGAGGGCGGACAUGGACUAACUCAGUCACCAUCUCUGGGUUGUGGAUGCUGCAGGUUCGCGCAGGUGUAACUGAAAUCAGAACGUGGCCCAGGGUGUUUGCUUGACCCUGAUGAAAUGGCAGGUUUCAGGAGAGUGGUGUUUGGCUUCUGGGGGUAAGGAGUAAACUCUGCAGGCUUCUGGCAAAGCCCUGCUCUUGACUGGGUUGUAAUUAAUAAUAGGACUAACACAGCUAACAGUACUUUGGGGAGGGGGAUGAAGGGAAGCAACAUACCAAGCAUGCCCUGCUUUUAUCUCACAAAACGCUGAGAGGCAUGGCACCUCCAACAAAGCAUCAACUUCUGACAAACGGCGGGAGCUGCAGAAACAGCUGGAUUAUUCAGCCUGGUGAAGAAAACUCCAUGUUCAGAUCUCCUGUGUAACAAUGUUCCUGGUGUCACCCUCCAAAUCAUACCCCCUACAGGGCUUGUUCCAACCGGCUGGGAACCUGCAAGUUGUCACAUCAUGCAGCUGGGGUUUGCAAUGCAGUGAAAACAGCAUAUUGUGUCAGCUGUGCAAGAUCAGGCAUUAGUCCCUUAUGUUAAAUGUGAUCUCUGCCAGACUGACUUGUGACAGUGGAUCAAGUAGACUUACUGAGAGGAGAGAGACAUCGUAGUUACUACGUUCCAGCCCUUCAACAAACCAUUAAGCAAGAUGCCAUCCCUCGGCACUUUAGCCUUCUGCUUCCAAUUUCUAAUGGUUGCUGCAUCUUCCCAACCUUCACUUGAUCUGAUCCUUGACUCAGCUGUCCAUGCCUCAUUGACCAGCGAAAAUGGAAUUGAAGAGGACGACUUUCAAACCAUGCUGCAGAGGCAGAAGCGGGAGGCAUUUCCAAUUCGCUAUUCCCAUUCGGCAUACAUUGUCAAUAUUGGAUUAAGUUUUACAAGUCCACUGGUACCAAGCCAAGAUUAUUUCAAGAACCUUAGUCUGCCAAUCUUAAUAAACACCUCGGAUUCGAUGAUAACCAUUUCAAACAUCAAUGUUACAACAGACGCCCCGCCUAUGAACAAGUUCAUCACAAUAAAAAUGUCAGUCAAACUCGAUAUAAAUUUUCAAGAUGCCCUCAGGAAUCCUUCUUCUGAUCUCUAUAUGAAAUACAAACAUGACUUUGAAAAAGCAUUUACAAAUGCCUAUCAACGUUUACCUGGCUUUAUAUCAGCCACAGUUACAGGCUUCAGGCCUGGAAGUGUUUCUGUGGACUAUGAUGUAAAAACAGCUUCAGCAACAUUAGCCCAACUUGAAAAUGCCAACAGAGACGUACUGAACUCAGUAAAUGCAUCAUAUAUGAUCAACAUUACUUCUUUUGUUGUUUCAGCAGUAAUAACUGAUCAAACAAACUUCACUGUGUUUCCUGAUGACAUUUUUGAGGGGGAUACAGUCACGAUGACAUGCCAGACAAACAUAACUUCCUGGAACGUAACUUGGGAUCAUUCUGGACAAGUCAUUUCACAAAGCGACCGACAUUCAAUUCAAUCAACAGGAACGUCAAUUUCAACUCUGAAAAUUACCAACUGUGCACAGAGUGAUAGUGGUCCCUAUACAUGCGUGUUUAAAGACCCUGCUGCACCCUCCGUGUUGUACAAAGCAACCCGCAAUUUAACAGUUACUUCAAUAAACAUUGUAUCAUCAGAUAAUAUUGAUGUUAUAUGCAAGAGGGUCGAUGUCUUGCUCACCUGCUGCACUAACAGAAAUUUACAGCCAUCUAAUGUAAAGUGGUCUAUAAGCGGACAAAUAAGUAUUUCAGGGACUGCAUCCAUCAAGGGCAACUGUAGUGAAUACCUCCUUGAAAUUUACGAUUUCCAGUGCUCCCCUAGCAAGUCAGGUGCUGUGGCAUCGUAUAAGUGUGAGCUGAGCUUUCCGAAUGGGGUCCGCAGAAGUAAAGUCAUCGAAGUGACAUAUUUACAAAUAGCAAAUAUAACAAUAACUUCACCCACAAAUGUCUCUGAGGGAUACAGUUUUUCACUAACAUGCAUCAGUAACGUGAUGAAUUACAAUAAAGUCAUCUGGGAAAUCCAGACGGGAACCACUAAUACAACAAUAGAAAGCCACCUGUACAUCCAAACUUACCCAAACCAGAAGGAAGCCAUGUCUAAUCUCACAAUAAAGACUGCCACGCUGGAUUGGAAUGGUACCUAUACCUGCACAUUCUUCCAAAAAAACUUGCCAAGUUCUGCCCGUACAGCUGUUGAAGUUGUUCCUUUGCCUCUGAAGCAAAACAUUUUCCUGGAUCCCAUUGAAGCAUUUAUUAGGUGUAAAAUCCAGCAGGAGCUGAAAUGCUGCACAAACAAAAUGGAAAACUACAACGUUACUUUCACUGUUGAAAGCACUACAUUUUUUCCUGUGAAAAGGCCACAAAAUAACCAGAUAUGCUACGUGUAUAAUUACAUAGAAAAGACAUGCAACACCAAGAAAGAUCUCUUGGCGUAUUGCACCUUUCAAAACCGCAUCCACGGAACCAUUCGAAGUCCUGAAAUGAAACUACAUGUUAUCCCUGACACAGCUAACGUGCUUUGCUCAGACAGCACUGGCAUUGGAAAGCGAGGAGACAGAAUAACAAAACCUUGUCUGGUUUUAAACAAUCCCAUGAGAGGAAAUAUAACUUAUAUGUGUCUUGACAAGGUCUGGAUUGUGGAUAGAAACAACUGCAUAUCUGCACCAAUAAACACAUUGCUUACUGCUGCUGAGGCUUUGCUGUCUAGUCCUCAGCCAAAAGAAAAGCUACCCGAAUAUCUGAAGAGUCUUGUGGAAGUUGUAAGGAAGGAAGAACAAAAAAUAAAUACGUCUCCUCCAGACCUGGGGGCAGUUGUCACCAUCCUGGAUUUGGUUUCAACCAUCCCAGAGGAGGCAGCGCAGCCCACAGUGGAGAGCUUCCUAAAUGUAGUAGACAUCAUUGUCAGUAACACCACAAUAAAUUCCUGGAAUGAAUUGAACCAGCAGAAAACAACUAAGAGUUCUCUGUUAUUGGAGUCAGUGGAGAGAUUUACCCAGUACCUCCAACCAGUCAAUAAUACCAUCCCCUCUAUUAGAAACACCAACCUGCAGUUAGAAGGCAUAGUUAUCUCUGAAGGCAACAGGUCACAGUAUGCAAAGAACUUCACGUUCCCAGGUCCAUCAGGCCUCAGUGGUAAUGUACUAAUUAAUGAAGUACAAGUUCAGGACUUACAAGCAAAUACAACUAUCAUCAGUGUGGCUUACUCAACCCUUGGACAAAUUUUGCCCCACCGCAAUGAGAACAAUGAGUCUGUGAAUGGCCUAGUGAUGACAACAACAGUGAGCGGAAACAUAUCCUGGUACCUUAAGAUUAUUAUGACAUUUGGAAAAAGCAAUAUUUCCCUGAUCGAUCCCCAGUGUGUCUUUUGGAACUUUACAUCAGGACAAUGGGACAACACUGGCUGUACGCCUGAGAACCAUGAGCAGGAUGUCACAUGCAUCUGCAAUCACCUGACCUCAUUUUCAAUUCUGAUGUCACCCCAUGCAGUGUCCAUUGGAGGAAAUGCAUUAGAUUAUAUUACCUACAUCGGUUUGAGCAUUUCCAUAUUGAGCCUGUUGGCCUGUAUUUUAAUUGAAUUCCUGGUAUGGAAAUCUGUGACAAAAAACAGAACAUCUUACAUGCGCCACAUCUGUAUGUUAAACAUAGCCACUUCCCUUUUGAUUGCAGACAUCUGGUUCAUUGUUGCAGCCUCCCUCCAUGACAUGAAGGAGACAGCGAAGGACAUCUGCAUAGCUGUCACAUUUUUCAUCCAUCUGUUCUACCUCUGUGUCUUUUUCUGGAUGCUUGCUCUGGGCCUCAUGCUCUUUUACCGUCUGGUCUUCAUUUUACAUGACACAAGCAAGACCACCCAGAAAGCGGUAGCUUUCUCAUUGGGCUACGGGUGCCCUAUCACCAUAUCAGUCAUCACCAUUGCUGUCACACAUCCAUAUGAUGCUUACAAAAGAAAGGAUGCCUGUUGGCUCAUCUGGGAGACGAGUAAAGCUCUUCUUGCCUUUGUCAUACCCGCAUUGAUCAUUGUGGCUGUGAAUUUUAUCAUUGCCAUUGUAGUCAUAGGCAAAAUCCUGAGGCCAGCUGUUGGUGACAAGCCAAGCCAGCAGGAGAGGAGCUCCUUCAUUCAAGUUGGGAAAAGUAUUGGUGUCCUGACACCCCUGUUAGGCCUUACCUGGGGGUUUGGAUUUGCAACUGUUAUUAAAGACACCUCAGUGGUGUUCCACAUACUAUUCACAAUUUUGAAUGCUUUGCAAGGUUUAUUCAUUUUGCUCUUUGGAACUGUCUGGGACAAGAAGGUACGAGAAGCCUUGCUGAACAAGUGUUCAUCAGCCAAAAUGAGUUCACAACAGACAAAGUCAACGUCCCAGGGAAUCUCCGCACCAGCGUUCUCCAUGAAGUCUCCCUUGUCAAAACCAUUAAACAAUUUAUGUGGCAAAACAGGAAAAUAUGACGUUUCAUCCACAGAAACAAUGAGCUUUUCGACUGAAAACACUUCCAUGACCAAUUCUUUCUUUCACUGACAUGCUUUAAAUGGCAACCUGAGUAUCUGUAAAGGGAUUCGGGUCCUCUUGGCCAAGCUGUGAACCAAAAUGAAACCUAUCUGUGAAUCGUAGAGAAGCAGACUGUUUCCCACAGACCAUGUUCCUUGGCACAUUCUUUAAGAAGCAUCCUUCUGUCUAACAUGUCAGACAUGGAAUUCUUCGGGAGACCAACAAUGGCAGAAGUAAUUUAAAAAUAUUACAACUCUACUAGGGUCCAACCCUGUAAGUGUCUUAGAGCCCUCAGCCUUCCUUACAGUCAAUGAGGAGGUGCUCUAUGCAGUAUUGAGCCAUGCAACAUAACACUAUGUGCACAAGACUUCAUGUGGUUUUAAUAAUUUCUCUUUGCUUAGUUGCCUGAAUGACUCCAAAUGCAUGCCUAUAAACACACAUGCUUCAUUGCCCUGUAAAAGGACCUAAUGACUUUUAUAGCUCAGCUCAUCUUGGAAUCACUGGUUCAAAUCACAAACAUUUCAGCUCAAUGGACUUGCCCCACUACUCACUUCAAUUAAUGGAUCAAUUGAGUACUAUAAUGGUUCCUGCAUGGAGAUCUCCCAAAUAAAACUAAUCUGGUUUUAAUUGUUUUGAAAACCCUGAGACCUUCUGUGGUGCUUCAGUAAGAAAACGACAACUUAUGAUAAGAGACAUUUGACUUCUGUCUUCUACCCCAGUGGCAACUGCAUUCCCCCCCACUGUGUAUGUAAACAGUUCCAUGCUGUACGUCUUUGUGCUUGGGUCUUCCAUUGACAAGGAGAGCAGUCCCAAAGUCAGAAGCCUUGCAGAAUCAGUCUCAACCAGGAGAACAUACUGAGCACUCAUAGGAUGAAAGAUGCUAUUGAAAUUAUGGUUUUAAUUUUGAACUAGUGCACUUUGUUUUAAUUUUUUGCAACCACUGAAGAGUCUAAUGAUUUAAGCACAGGCCUGCAAAAUAUUCAUUGCCAAAAGCUGAAGUGUUUGCAAUAGAAGGAACACUUCACAUCUGACAGAAGGAGGUUCACAAGUUUCAUCCAGUUCUAGAUUUGAGGUCAAGUUCAACAUCCUUCUUAACUGGGGCAAUUCCAUUUGGCCCACGUCAAUACAAGGCGAAUUUGAUCUUGUGCUGCGCUGUGGGAUGAACCGGAAGAGAAAACCUAAGCUGUAUGGAGAAGGUUAUGUUAUCAGAGUGUGUAUGAUCGUUAUUGAGGACAAACAAAAAAGGGCAUCAAGUGAAUUAUUCAUGCAUGCAACAAUUUCUUUUUGCAUUUAUGAUGUAGACCUAGUCCACUGCUUAUAGAUUAAGAAUUGAUUCCUUUUCUUUCAGAUAUAGAGCCUGUCAUAACUAUCUAGCCUUUCAGUGCAUCUAUCUUUCUAAAACAUCCAUCCACUUCUUCCACCUGAAAUAGUCCCUAAGCCAUCCAUUUCUCCUUAUCUCUUCCAUAAAUCCACUGUGAACUAUUGACUUGAAGCACAAUUAUAGUUUCAUGCAACUAGAAGGUGUUCACUCGGAGUGAGCUAGGAGAUCGAUUUAUGCACAAUAAUGUGUGAGUUCCUGUGCAUAGUGUCAGCAACUGUCAAUUUUCUGGAUCAUGGUGUACACAUAAGAGGUCUAGUCAGGUGCCUGGUAGGGUCCUGCGACCAUCACACCAAGACCUUCAACAUUUAUGCCUAGGGAAGAGUAUGGAGGAGUUAGAGGCUGUCCAAGUCCUACCAUCCCCCUUUAGACCAUUGAGAUGUAACCCAAAAGCCAGACCAAACCCAGACAUUCAGUGCCUCAAUGCUUGUAACUUCUGCCAGAGAACAAAAAAGGACCGCUGCUAAUUGCCUAAUGCCUCAGUGAAGAUACGUUUCUGUUGGGGUGAUGUCCCUUAGCAUUUCUCCAACCAACAUGUUUGUGCAUAGUAUAGUUCCAUUAUAUUUUAUAUUGUUCAACCACGUUGCUUCAGCCUGAGACCGCAUUAUCUCUCAAAAGCUAGGCAAACUAGGGCCUGAUGAACACUUGGGUGAGGGAUUGCAAAGCUAAACUGAAUGUGUUUCAGCUAACAACAUUAAGUAGGAGGCUCUCAGUAUUGAAUGGAAAGGGGCGCUGUGCAGUUGGAGGGAAUGUCUUUGGAAUAAUAUGCAAACUAUUCUACAGAUAUUCAUAAUAUUCAUGAUUAUUGUCAUAAAAAAGCCUCUGGCAUUUUAUGGAAGAAUAUCUUGUGCCCUGACCAAAAAAUCAACCUAAGUUAAACAUGUCCUGCACAAAGUAUUGUCCAUUGGAGAGUCAACUAGAGCUGUUAUUUAUUGUGCAUCUCUGUUCCCUCUACCCAGUGCCUGAAUCAAAGGUGCUGCAUUGUACACUGUGACAAAUAUAUCAUGGAAAAGUGUGUGCUAUUGCUGAGCUCAAUUGAACACAGGAUGAACAAAAAGUUUGCUUACUGAUUUCUGGUCCAGGAUUGUCAGAUAGGAAAAAUAGCAGCAGAGGUCAAUACUAAAUCAGGGCUUGCUUCUUUCUUGGACAACAUGUCUGCACAAGGGAUAAAGGAGCAAUAAGCAUUCUCAUUGCCCCUACCUGGCCCUUGGAUCUAGAUGUGAAAAAGUAAGGUCCUCUAACCCUCUUCUUCUCUGGAGCAGGUAGGAGAAGGUGGUCAGAGUCUUGGAAACACGUGCUCCAUUUUAUAGGCUGUGAUAGGCUGGCUUUAGCUCAAGUAUAUACAGUACCUAAAUGCCAGAUUUAGCCCCUUUUCUGUAAACAGCUUUGAGAUCCUUCACAAUGAAAGGUGCUAUGUAAUAGAAACCCUUUUUAUCUAAGUUACAGUGAUCUCUAGCGUUCACAGUACGAAAGCUGACAUGAAUAAAUGGCAAUAGCGCAAUGGUUCUAGGGCUUAUCAACCAUAACAUUCAGAUCUCAUUUCUGAGGAGGUCGUGGUGCUGUGAUUUCUUCAUGACACUUUCAUGUCUCAGGCAUAUGAACCCUGUGUAGCCCUGUUAUAAUUGCCCCAAGAAGGUUACAUCCACACAGCAGCUGCAUUUUUUAAAAAUCAAUGGAAAAAGCAGUAAGUCACACCAUCUUUAAACUAAGUUGACUAAUCUUACUGUUUAAGUAACAGCACAGCAGGCACGUCUACAUGAAACACUUAAUGUGCAGAAGCCUAAUUGUACUGUGCUUUAGCAUGGCACGCAGAGCCUGUGCUAAUGCGUUAAUGCGCAGUAGAUUUAGUGUAACGUGCAGUAGCAUCACAAAAAACCCCAUUCAUCUGUGCUAAUGUGCAGGAGCGCUGAUUAUGGCACACGAAGUUAGUACCCAUCAUUACAGGUACUAAACUUAAUGUGCUGUAAUUAAUGAACGUGUAGACAUACGCAGCAUCUCUUUGGAUAAUCCUGCUAUCCCCCUUGAUGGAUUCAAAAGUUAAAAAUGAUUGCUGCAGCCUAGGAAAACAGCUCGCCACUAUUCCCUGUCCAAAUGCCUAACAGCUCUUUUCUUUGAGACUAACUCAGCUAAUCUUUGUAUAACUUCUUUCUCGAUUAUUCCCUGACCUAAUGCUCUUUUGUAAAAGUAAUGUUAUUCUUCCCUUUGUAGGAUAAUGCCUACUGGACUUUACAGGUAAAAGCACUUUAUUUUUGUACUAUGAAGUUUUUCUCUCUAAUAUACACUUUACAUUUUAAAAGUACAGGUGAAAGAAGAAACACCUGCUUAUUGUGUAGAUGUAGAUAUAUAUGUAUAUGUUAUGACACUGCUUGCUAAUAAACUCUACUUGCAUAGAGCUCA